AUGGCGCCGCAGCUGCAUCCUGAUCGCUGCCGCACCUGGGCCUGGCCCUGGCCACGGGCGCCGCUCGGCUCAGUGCUUCUAGCGCUAGCUAUAGUGAGCCUGGGCGGCGGCGGCGGCGAUGCCCUGAGCCUGGACCACUACCGGCAGAGCUGCCCGAGGGCGGAGGCGGCCGUGGCCGCGGCUGUCAGGCAGGCCGUGGCCAAGGACCGCACCGUGCCGGCCGGCCUGCUCCGCCUGCAUUUCCACGACUGCUUCGUCCGGGGGUGCGACGCCUCCGUCCUCAUCGACUCCACGGCCACCAACACGGCGGAGAAGGACGGCCCGCCCAACGCCUCGCUGCACGCCUUCUUCGUCAUCGACAACGCCAAGCAGGCCGUGGAGGCCAUGUGCCCGGGCGUCGUCUCCUGCGCCGACAUCCUCGCGCUCGCCGCCAGGGACGCCGUCGCGCUCUCCGGCGGCCCGUCCUGGUCGCCGCUGCUGGGGCGCGGGGACGGACGGGUGUCGCUGGCCAGCGACACCACCUCGGCGCUGCCGGGGCCCGGGGCCAGCUUCGACCAGCUCAGGCAGGCGUUCCACGCGCUGGGGAUGUCGGUCAAGGACCUGGUGGUGCUCUCCGGCGGCCACACGCUGGGGUUCGCGCACUGCUCCUCCUUCCAGAGCCGCAUCCACGGCUUCCGGCCCGGCGCCGACGUGGACCCGGCGCUGAACCCGUCCUUCGCGGCCGCGCUGCGCAGGGCGUGCCCGGCCAACAACACGGCCAGGGGCGCCGGGUCGGGGAUGGACCCCACGUCCGCCACCUUCGACAACGCCUACUACCGGAUGCUGCAGAGCGGGCGCGGGCUGCUGUCCUCCGACGAGGUGCUGCUGACGCACCCCAAGACGCGGCGGUUCGUGGCGCUGUACGCGGCGCGGCAGGACGCCUUCUUCAGGGCGUUCGUGAGCUCCAUGCUGAGGAUGAGCGCGCUCAACCAGCCCGGCGAGGUCCGAGCAAACUGCCGGCGACACAACUGA